UCAUCACGGAGAAUAUGUCUUGUUUUUGUAAAGAAUGCUGAAUAUUAUCAGUCUGUCUGUACCUGUUGCUAGUGACACAAUACGAUAGAGCUGAAAAAUGAACGCUGUGGUUCUUCAAGUUUGUUCCGUCCUUCUACUGCUCUCGGCUGCUAUGGGAAGCGAUCCAUGUUUACCAAACCACCGGUACUCGAAUCCGGACGACUGCACAAAAUUCCACACCUGCGUCGGCAAACAACUGAAGGAGCAAUCUUGUCCCGAUGGUCUGCACUUCAACAACGCCACCAAAGUGUGCGAUUGGCCGUACCAAGCCAAGUGCCAGGUCGGCGGGUAUGAGUGCGAAAAGCCUGGAGCUUUUGUGCCCAACCUCAACGACUGUUCCACCUUCUUCCAGUGCAACGAUGUGAACAUGCCUGUCCUGAUGAACUGCAGCGAGGGGUUGCACUUCAACGUUGACACCGACCUAUGUGACUGGCCUGACAAGGCUCUCUGUCCUCGGAACAAGGAGGGCUUGAUCCAAUAAUAUUUGUUACAAAAAUAUAGAUAAAAUGUAGUUUUUAAAAUUACAAAAUAUAAUCAAAAAAUAUGUGUUAUGUGUUGAAAAUUAAAAAUGUUCUCAAUAAAAUUGUUGUAUUCCUCAUAUAAAAAAGGAAUGGUUGAAAAAAGGAUAAUAAUUGCGUGGAGAUACAAUAAAAUGUGCAAAAAAUUAUAAUGAAAAAUUAUCGGAGCAUCUUUCUACAGAGCCCAAACAAUGAUUUAUAAUAAUUUAAGAAAUUACAAUAUGGAAAUAAAA